AUGGGCGAUAUGAUCCAGGACCUGCCCCCCGCGGCCUCUUCUUCUUCUUCUUCGUCUCCUUCUUCCUCAUCACCGGCGACACGGCGGAACCAGCUCUUUCUCGGCACCUUUGUGCACUCCAAAACGAGGGAGGCGCUCGAGUAUCUUCACGAUGCCGCAGUGUGCGUCGACACGUCGGGUACCAUUGUCGCCGUCGAGACGGGAUACGACCUGGCAAGGGCUGAGGCCGAGCUGCUCCCCCGCCUAGGGUGGGAGAUCGGCCAUGUCGAGGUCAAUGUGGGGAGGGACGGCCAGUUCUUCUUUCCUGGCUUUAUCGACACCCACGUCCACGCCUCGCAGUACCCCAACGUCGGCAUCUUUGGCAAAUCCACCCUGCUCGACUGGCUCAACACCUACACGUUCCCCCUCGAGUCGAGCCUCAAGGACCUCGCCAAGGCGAGGCGCGUCUAUACCGCCUGCGUGCGCCGCACCCUCGCCCACGGCACCACCACCUCGGCCUACUUCGCCACCAUCGACGUCGACGCCACGAACCUGCUGGCCGACAUCUGCCUGGCCCUCGGCCAGCGCGCUUUCGUCGGCCGCGUGUGCAUGGACCGUGACGGCCUGUGUCCCGACUACUACCGCGACGAGUCGCCCGCGGACUCGCUGCGGAAGACGAGGCAGACGGUCGACCACAUACGCUCCAUCGACCCGGCCUCUGACAUCGUCACCCCCAUCCUGACGCCGCGCUUCGCCCCGGCCUGCUCGCGCGAGGCCAUGAAGGGCCUGGCCGACAUGCAGGAGGAGCUCGGCCUGCUUGCGCAGACGCACGUCUCGGAGAACGAGGGCGAGAUCGAGCUUGUGCAGCAGCUCUACCCGGAGAGCGAGAGCUACACCGACGUCUACGACGCCCAGGGCCUGCUGAGCGAGCGCAUGAUCCUCGCCCACGCCAUCCACCUGUCGGAGAAGGAGGCCCGCACCAUCGCCGACCGCGGCGCAAAGGUCUCGCACUGCCCCUGCAGCAACAGCAGCAUCACGAGUGGCGCCGCUCAGGUGCGCUGGCUGUGGGACAUGGGCAUCGACGUCGGCCUCGGCACCGACAUGAGCGGCGGCUACAGCCCUAGCAUCCUCGACGCCGCGCGGCAGGCCGCCCUCGUGUCGCGGCACGUCGCCAUGGGGCUGCGCGGCCACGAGAGGGAGAGGGCCAAGCUGACGGUCGAGGAGGUGCUGUACCUCGCCACGAGAGGCGGCGCCCGCGUCGUCGGGCUGCGGGACAGGGUCGGCGGGUUCGAGGUCGGCAUGCAGUGGGACGCGCAGCUGGUCGGCCUGCCGCUCGUCGACGAGGACGGCGGGCAGGGCGACGGCGGCGGCAACGUCGACGUCUUUGGGUGGGAGAGCUGGGAGGACCGGGUGGCCAAGUGGCUUUACAACGGCGACGACCGGAACACCAAGAUGGUCUGGGUCAAGGGGCGGCUGGUGCACUCGGCGAGGUAG